AUGUCCGGUACCAACCCGGCUGAUGCAAAUCCGGACUUCUCGAAUCCUGAUUAUAUUGCCUACACCAACGCAUCCCUACUCUUGACACAGACCGGCGCCCUGUUUGGAGUCACAGCCUUCAUUGUCGUGCUAAGAUGCUACGUCCGAGUUGUUAUGCUGAGAUGUUUCGGCAAGGACGACUGGACAAUGCUACUUGCGUUUGGAUUCGCCAUGGCGACUUUCAUCGUGUAUGCCGAACAGACUAAACUGGGCUUAGGAAAACACCUCUCAGUGAUGAAGAUGAAUCCUGGAAAUGAACGGCAGUUCCUAAAACUUCGACAAGUGCAGUCAAUUCUUAUCUGGCAGUGCAUUCCCGUGGCAGCUACGUGGGACCUAAGACUUCGCCCGCCACCCAUCGGCACAGGCACUGCUGUGUGCUUCGACCGACCGACCUUUACCGCCAUAGGAAUGAUGAACACGGCCGUUACCAUUAGCACAGACUUCCUCCUUGCCCUCCUACCAAUUCCCCUCGUAUGGCAACUCCAACUCAACGGCCGCACAAAGAUAACUCUGGUCUGCAUAUUAGCUCUCGGGUUAUUUGCGGGUGUCGCCGCAAUCAUCAAGUCUGAGAAACAGAAGACGGCCCUCACCGAUCCCGACCCAUACGUGCACGACACUUUUACCAUGUGGCGCUUUAUCGAAUACGAUGUUGGGAUCGUUGUUGCGUCGUUACCGUCGCUCAAACCCCUAUUUAAGCAUAUCCUGAAUAACGGUACGGGAGGUACGACGGCGAACUCAGGACACCAGGUUGUGAACAAAGUAAGGUAUUCGGUACGGAACAAGGUAGUGGAUGACGAUGAAAUACCACUAGAGAAUCACACAGGGGUGGGUAACUCGUGCGAGGUGUCUUCGGGAAUGCCUAGGACGCCAGUGGAUGGCAGAAGCAGUGUGGAAAGCGUCAGACCGGUUCAGUCAAACGCUAUUUUCGUCGACACAAAAUGGCACGUGAGCUGA